AUGACCGCAUCUGGACAACUCGAUACAGCUCUCGCCCGUGUGCAGAGUGCAGCAAUUGAUGGGCGAAUGCGAAACACCCGCACUCGACAGAAGCAGCUGUCGUCCUUGUUCAAGUCCUUAACAGAACAUGCGAACUCCUUCGUUGAUGCCAUGCAGAAGGAGAACAACCUGAGCAAAGAAGAAGCGAACAUCGUUGUUUCGGCCAUGCUCCUCGAAGUUCGCCAGCAUUACGAGAAUAUUGACUUCGAAAAAGAGCUUGCCCAGGAAUACAGUGUUAGAUGGGGCAAGAGUUGGGUAGACAGACGAGUUGCAGCCCGACUCGUUUAUAUCAUCCCCCAGGACUUCACCAAAGGCUUCAGUGUCUUCAGCGCACUUUCGGCGGCCAUCGAAGCUGGAAGUUGCUGUGUUGUGGAGUUACUCAAUCUGUCGGAUCAGUCUACAGCUCUCAUUCGAAAAAUCAUGAACGCCGCGCUUGACAAAGAAGCUUUUGUUGCAAUCUCUUCGACAGCUCCAGGAUCCUUUUUGAAACAUUGCCUGAUGAUCGAUCAGAUGCACCAACCUUCGAGCCCACAGUACAUGGGCAAAUCACUGAUAUCGAAGGCCUCGGGCAGGGUUGUGGCAGUGGUGGAUCGUACAGCGAAGAUUGACUCUGCCGUCAAAGAGAUAUUCGCUUCUAGGAUGCAAUACGGCGGCCAGAGUCAUUACGCGGUUGAUCAGGUCUUCAUUAACGAGUUUGUGGCUGAUGAGUUCCUAGCCGUGAUGCGGGAGGAGUUCUCAGUCCGAGCAGAAGCCAUAGACCAGACCGUGAACAAUGGGCACGCUCGACCUACACCUUCCAAGAGGCAAACCAAACUCGUGGCAGACGAUUGUACUAUAGUCGACAGCCAGGGCAAUGCGGAAGCAGUAAUGGUGAAGCUGAGAUCCAGCCAAUUGCUGCACGAGAAAAUCGAGGGACCCCUUCUCGUGAUCCACAAAAUCACUAGUCUCGACGAUGCAAUUGACUUGAUCCUUUCCAGAGAUGAGCAAGUGAAUGCGCUAUUCACGUUCGCCGAUGGUCCGGAAGCGAAAUAUCUGUCGCAGUUUAUACCUAGCGCGGUGACAUUUGUCAACCACAUCCCCGCCGAGCUCCUCAUCGGUUCCGCUGGCCCCGUAGGAUAUCCUGUUCGCCCUGACCUUCGCUACGUCAGAGAGAUGUUUGAAGAGCCAAGUCCACAGAUCGUACCAGAAGGCAAAAUCCAUGCAGCCUCGAAUGUGUGGAAGCUGCGUAACUCUCCUCGCAGUGCAGCCAUAUUGGCACAUGCAUCGAGACCCUUGAGGCCCACAGGUCAAGCUGCAGCAGGUGCGUGGGGAUUCUUCGAGACAGGAGUCUUGCUGGGUGCUGCAGUAUAUCUACUCCCAGUCAUACUAGGGACCAUUGUUGGCGCCACCUACACUGGCAUCUGGACGUAUAGAAAAGUCAUUGGAUAA